CUUGCUCAGAUUUGACACGUAUGUUCCUCGUUUUGGACCAAUAUAUUUCUAGAAAUCAUAAGGCCCUGUAUGUUAUAGACUUUGAAACUUCGGCUUUGGAGCAUGAAGCAUCAAUGGCAGCAUUAUUAAAGAAUCACUAAGCGAUAGUUCCAAGCACUGUAUGAAGACUUCUAAUGUGGUGGAUUAAGGGCCAGCUAUCCAAGCCCAGCCAGGGGGUCCUUGUAGCUGUUAUCCUUGCGAUUGCCAAUUUCCUCGUUGACUUUGCCUAUGGACAGUCCUCAGUAGCUAUUCAAGCUAUCGAUCUUCCUGAAGCCUUUGGAUGGAGAGAAACAGAUCCAGAUGGAGUUACUUUGGAACGUUCGCAAACGUUUUCUUUGAAACUCCCAGAUUAUUUUACCCAAAAUGACACCAGCAGAGAAUUUUCACUUCUUUUUACGUUAAAUUCGAAACUAAUCAAUUCCUUUAACGUAAGCGUUAAAUCUGAAUCGGCUAAUUCUUCUGAAACCUUAUUUAGUCUUCUGCUUAGUAAAGGACAAGUUACGUUCCAAAAAGGAGAAAAUAUUCUUGGAAUACACAAACCGGAUUACGUCUUUGAAGAAUGGCAAAAAUUUGUUAUCAUCUAUCGAGGUCUUGAGCUUCUUCUCCAUGACUGCAGGACAGUACAAAGAAUACCAUUUCCUGAAAGGUCAUCGGACUUGCCUCCAUGGGAUAGAAUCGCUGUGACUGUAACACCAAACUUACCUACGAGAGAGGAUGUCAGGGAAAACAUUUGCGAGCUAACCUUGAUGAUUGGAUCUGAUGGAGUUUCURAACACUGUGCUAAAACAUAUCCAAUAUGCCCUAAAGGACCAGAUAUUAUCCUGCCAACCCCUAGAAUUAUACCAACAGAUCCCCGCCCCACUCGCAACAUUAUCAACGAGAAAGGACCUUCUGGCAUAAGGGGACCAAGAGGAGAUCCUGGUCGACCUGGUGAACGUGGGUGGCCUGGGCAUGUGGGUCAUAUAGGGCCUAAAGGCGAAAAGGGGUUUGAAGGAGCCAAAGGAGAGAAGGCUGAAUCAGGACCUAGAGGAACUCGCGGACCCCCCGGCCCACCAGGUGAGAUGGGACCAAAGGGACUCCAAGGACACACUGGUUAUGCCGGACAUCAGGGUCUGCAAGGUAAAAAAGGAAUCCGCGGAAUAAUGGGUGAACAGGGUAACCCUGGAAUCAUUGGCCCACAAGGCUUACAAGGCAUUGAAGGACCUCAGGGCAUCCCUGGACAGAUGGGAUUUCAAGGAAAACAAGGCGAGAAGGGAUUUUAUGGUGAUUCUGGACCCAUGGGUCUAACUGGCAGCCCUGGAAAGCUUGGAGCCCAAGGACCACCAGGCCCAGCAGGUGUAAUCGGCCAUAGGGGUGACCGUGGUCCUAGAGGAAAAGCAGGAGAAAUAGGACUAAGAGGAGUUACGGGUCCUACUGGCAGCUUAGGAUUGAUGGGCGUUAAGGGACAGAAGGGAGAGCCUGGACGAAAGGGAGUGAAAGGAGAGCAGGGCAACAAAGGAAAAAUGGGCCUAUCAGGAACCAUGGGCGAGAAAGGAAGACUGGGACGGCGUGGACCAAGAGGUGUGGAUGGAGCAAAUGGUCCAAGAGGCGAUCCAGGAAUUGCUGGUAAAAAGGGAAUUACUGGCCAGCCUGGAAUACCAGGGUUUCCUGGUAAAAAUGGUGCAAAGGGUCCCACUGGCAUGGACGGGAAAUCUGGCAUCGUUGGAUUAAAAGGACCAAUGGGUGAGACUGGAAAUCCUGGCAACAAGGGUCCUGAAGGCGGCGUGGGCCGAGCAGGACUUAAAGGUGACACGGGAUAUCCUGGUGUUGAUGGUUUUAAGGGUAGAGCUGGGAACCAAGGGGAACAAGGAAAUCAAGGCGGAAUGGGACCACCUGGUAAAAAAGGAGCCCUCGGUGACCCAGGGACGCAUGGCGUGCCUGGUCCUCGUGGUCUUAAUGGUACUCAAGGUUUGAUUGGUGAUCCAGGGGCUGCCGGCCUUGCUGGGAAACCUGGCGACCAAGGUACCAAUGGAAAAAUAGGAAUAAUGGGACCACCUGGAUUUGAAGGGGUUCUUGGAACGGCUGGAGAAACGGGAGUUGUAGGACCCAGAGGCAGAAAAGGAGAGCGAGGAGAGAAGGGCGAGGAAGGCAAGCAGGGUUUGAUUGGACGAACCGGUGAAGCAGGGUUUCCUGGACGGGAGGGUGACGUAGGAGAGGAAGGUUUGGCUGGAGAAACUGGCCCAGUGGGUAUCAUCGGUAGAAGAGGAGACCCUGGAGAUAUGGGAACCGAUGGAAAGCCGGGUCCAGCUGGUUCGACUGGUCCUAUUGGCUUCAAUGGCACCCUAGGACUAGAGGGUUUUAUUGGAGCGGUAGGCGAAGAUGGUAUGCCUGGAAAACCUGGACCGAAGGGUGACAUCGGAUCAAAAGGUCGCGUUGGCUUCACGGGAGAGAUAGGAGAUCAGGGUCCAGAUGGCCCAAAAGGUGAACCUGGAGAAAUUGGCAUGAAAGGUUUAACGGGUGUGAUUGGAGCAAUCGGUCCAAUGGGAAUGGCAGGCGAGCUGGGAGAGAAGGGUGUAAUGGGUUUUCCAGGAACUAUUGGAUUUUCAGGACAUUCAGGCGUCGAGGGUAUCAUGGGUCCCCGAGGCAAGCCUGGUCCACUGGGAAAGAUGGGAGCAAAGGGACCGGCAGGUGGAGUAGGACUGUCUGGCGUCAAAGGUCUGAAAGGCGUCCCUGGUCUAGUAGGAUUCCGCGGACACCCUGGUCCUCCAGGAGAUAUUGGCAGUGCAGGUGAACAACAGGGGGCGCCAGGGAAAACAGGAUCCACUGGACGUCCCGGAAAGAAGGGGCCAAAAGGAGACAAAGGAUCGAUUGGUACUUUCGGAAAAAUUGGCAUCAAGGGAAUCGUGGGGGACGAAGGGAGUAUCGGGAACCGAGGUUCUGUUGGAAAAUCGGGCGAAGACAGAGAAAUAGGCCCCAAAGGAGAAAGAGGCUCUGUCGGAGGUCAGGGUAAACCUGGAAUACCGGGUCCCAUCGGAGACAUAGGCUUACGUGGACCACAGGGUAAACCUGGUUCCAAAGGCUCACACGGUGCCUAUGGAGCAUUUGGUCUCAAGGGCGAAAUUGGCGAGCCUGGUCUAUUGGGGAAGCCUGGAAAAAUCGGCGCCGAGGGGUUAGCUGGAGCGAAAGGAGAAAAAGGCGAUCCUGGGAAACUUGGAGUCCAGGGCAAAAAAGGUGAGGUGGGUCUUAAAGGAAAUAAGGGCUCAAAUGGUGAUCAGGGCUCAAGAGGGGAUCCAGGGCCAAAAGGAAAAGGAGGAGGUGUAGGACCCAAGGGCAAACUCGGUGAUCGAGGGCCCAUAGGGAAAGUAGGCGCUCAAGGUCCUAGGGGAAUUAAAGGUCCGUUAGGAGAUCCUGGUCCAAAUGGAGUCCCUGGUAUUUUGGGACCUAAAGGUUUCCUUGGUGAUCCUGGAGAAGGAGGCACGCCUGGCAAACAGGGUGCUAGAGGCUAUUCUGGACAACCAGGCAAUCCUGGCCUCAAAGGAAAGCGGGGAGAUCAUGGUAAAAGGGGCAAGGAAGGCGGAAAAGGAAGAAAAGGUCCACCAGGCAGCAGUGGAGGUAGGGGCAAGCGUGGUGCGCCUGGAAGGCCAGGUACCGAGGGUUUCCAUGGAGAGCAAGGAGCCAAAGGCAUAAUGGGUGAUGAAGGUGUCAAGGGCCCAAGGGGAUCCCCGGGUUCUAGAGGACGACCGGGCAGACCUGGACCAAUGCGAGGAUUACAUCAACUUAGUGCGCAUCUAAAUCAGUUCAUCCCAGGUAACAUAAAAAGCUUCUACAUGUCAGAAGUGGAUGAUACAAAGUUUCCCCUGGGUACCCGCCACAAUCCUGCUUUGACCUGUAAAGAACUGGGGAAAGUAACAGGCAUAAAAGAUGGGAGGUUUUGGAUUGAUCCUAACUUGGGUUGUCCUGGUGAUGCAGUCAAAGUACUUUGCAAGUUUAAAACCCGAGAAACGUGCAUUAUGCCCCAUUAUAAUAUGAUUCCAAAGCAAAAGUGGUAUAACAGCACUACUCCAGGAUGGCGAAAAUUCUCAGAUCUUGCAAAAGGAUCGAAGAUCAAGUACAGGAUCAGUAAAGUACAACUUAACUUCCUUCGAUUACUAAGCAACAGCGUAUCACAGGAGAUUGUCAUCAAAUGCAAAUCUGUAGUGGUAUGGUUUCAUAAAACAACCAAAAGCUUUCGAUAUUCAUGGAAAUUCCAUGGACCCUAUGGCAAAGAAUUCUCCGCCUCUUCUAAAUAUCGUCCAAAAGUCGUAAAAGACAAUUGUAAGUACGAUGAUGGCAAGUGGCGACGAACGAUGUUCAAAUUUUCCAGCGAAAAGAUCAACCACCUCCCAAUAGAAGAUUUCUCCUUCUACCACAGAAGUAUCUCAGAAGAACAGCUUGGCGCCAAGAUUGGACCGGUUUGCUUUCAGUGAUAGGUCAUUUAAUAGUUAAUGUCUCACUAGAUCACUAAAUACUACUAGUUAAUAACACAAAGAACUACAGCAUCCCACGAUCACGGAAAGUAUUUAUUGGAUUGAGCUGGAUGCUCGUUGUUUUACCAAAUACUCUCAUCACUUUUACUUUUGUUUUUUAGGUUUUUUUUUAGCAGUGAAUAUUUGUCCAUUAAAAACUCCUAGCAUGACAAUAUCUUGAAUUCGUUAAUCAGUUUAUAUUACAAGGUUUGAUCAAACAUAGAGCAUGUCCUCGUAGAAGUAAGUUCAAAAAACCCCUUCGUUUCAUAUAUUUUUAAGUUAACCAUCAAUGUAGUACACGAGCUGUGUUUUGCAUACAUCCAAUCGAUUACUUUACACCAACAUAUUGUAGUUUCUAGAAUCGAAUAUAUUUGGGUUUCAUUCUCAUUAUAAUAAAUAUCAAUGGUUAUUGCAAUCGACAAUCGUUGCAGUAAAUCCCUGACUUCCUUUCAAGAAUAUUCGCGUUUUUGAUAACCAAGUAGUAGGUAAGACAUUUUCCGCAAUUUACUUUUUUGGGGCUUUAGAACUAUAUAAACAAUACACACAUUUUUUAAUUAGACAUAUAGUCGAUAAUUUUAGUGUGUUAUUUAGAUAAUAUUGUUAAUAUUAGUAUUGUCGGAGCAGACUUAACUGUUUAAGGAGACCUAUCACGUAACCAUGGUAACAAUCAAGGAAUUUCUCAUAGGAUUUUGGACUGUUUAUGAAGAACGUAAUCAUACACAAGGAAGAUAGUGACUUAAAGUCAAGCCUCGACCAAGGCUCAUGAUUAGAUUGGGGUUGAAACUUAGACUAGUGUUUAGAUCAACACAAGAAUGACACAAUAAAUAGUUUCAAAGGUGUG